GAAGUAAAACUGAUGGCAGUUGAUUCGCAUCAGUGGUUAGAAAAUGUUAGUCACAUCUGUCUUCGUUACACUGCUGUCGGUGUCACUUAUGUGGGGUGGAGAAGAUCCUUUCUUGCCAGAUAAAAUGAAGUCCAUGGUACAAGAAGAGUGUAGGGCACAAGUGAAUGAUGUUUCGUACAAGGCUAUAGAAGAUGCGUUUGAUCAAAUGUUCGAAAAGAUGGUAGACCUUAACACGACUGCACUGGAAGAAUUGUUCAAACGAGAUGAGAUUAAAGACAUCUGCAAUCGUUCUACUCCGUUUCUCCAAUCUAUUGCGAAUUUCAUCGAUGCCGCUCGACCUUGCUUGAGUAGCACGGAAAAGUCUAGAAGCUACAAUUUCAUUGCAUUGAAUAAGGGAAUCUGGGGACUGGUUUGUUCUGACAUUGAAUUUAGAUCGUCAGCUAAGUGUUAUGCAAAUAAGGAAGAUGAAAUGGCUAUAUGUUUCCGUGGAUUUCAAGGGUUUGACAACCGAUCAUCUAAAGAUAGAACAGAAGCAUGCAAAGAAUUUAAAUCGGAUAUGGAGUGUGCGCUCGAAGUAUUUAAAGAAUGCGGUUACCCGAAUGUAGUUGAAGUAGCUCGUCAAUACAUAGAGUAUCUUCUAAAUGAAAACAUUUGCUGGGAAUUCUCAUUGGCUCAAACGCAGUGGUUACAUCAAACAGAAUUGAUCUCUACGGAUAGGCCGAUUGUUUGAAGAAGAACAAUACAAAAGUGCCCCGGUUGGGCAAUCAUCAACAUCACCUCUCCAUUUCUAUUGCUUGUUUCUUUUUCGCUUGCGUCGUUCUUUCAAUAAACUGUCGAUGAAAAAUUGAAAAAAUCUGAAUU